CGGAGCGGACCGUGCGAACGUUUCGGACGGCUCGCAGCGAUGAUGGUGCCGUCACAGGUGGGGCCGGCUCCGACCAUGCAGCAGCCGCAGCCGCUCGGGCUGGUGAUGGCCGGCGGACAGCCAAUGCUGGUCGCCCAACAGGGCACGCUCCAGACCACGGCGCCUGGCUGGCCACGAGGUCUGGAGGCGCUGGCCUAUGCCGACCAGCUCGUGGUCCAACAAAAGAUGGAGCUGCUGGAGGCGUUCACCGGCUUUGAGACGGCCAACAAGUACGUGAUCAAGACGUCCACCGGCCAGGCGGUGUACUACGCGGCCGAACAGAGCGGCUGCUGCACGCGCUGCUGCUGCGGCCGCGGCCGACCGUUCCGCAUGAGCGUCGUGGACGCCGCGCAGGUGGAGGUGCUCUCCAUGGACCGGCCGCUCAAGUGCCAGUGCUGCUGCUGCUUCUGCUGUCUGCAGGAGCUGGAGGUGAGCGCCGGCGGUAUGCCGAUGGGCACCGUCACGCAGGAGUGGUCGGUGAUGAAGCCGAGCUUCAGCGUGCGCGGUCCCGACGGCCAGGUGCGCCUGCAGAUCCACGGCCCCUGCUGUGUCUGCAAGUGCUGCGCGGACGUCGACUUCCCCGUGAUGUCGGCCGACGGCAGCCGCCAGGUGGGCACCAUCACCAAGCAGUGGGGCGGCAUGACCAAGGAGGUGUUCACCGACGCCUCCACGUUCGGCGUCACCUUCCCGCACGGCCUCGACCCGGCCACCAAGGCGACGCUCUUCGGCGCCACCUUCCUCAUCGGCUACAUGUUCUUCGAGCGCGACAGCAACUAGCGCCGAGUGGCGGCGGCGACGCCGCCCGGCACCGCUGACGGCCGGCCGUCCAAGCGCGGCGGCCGACACCAGCCGUCCACACCCUGUGCCUUGAUCCGGCAGCGGCCGCUGCCGCGCGCCGGCGCCUUCCGAUCUGACCCCGAUGGGCUCUCGAGUCGGCACG